AUGGCCUCCCUCAGCGUGGCCGCCAUCAACGACAAGGUCCAUUUCUCCGGCUCCAACAUCAAGCAGGCCCUCAAGGAGUGCGAGAAGAAGCUCCAGAAGCGGCCCAAGGACCCCUACCUGCUCUACUGGAAGGCUGCCGUCUACCUCAAAUUCGGCCGUGAUGACGACGCUUUCGCCCAGCUGGCCCGCCUGUGCGAGUCCGCCCCCGCCAUCACUGACCCGAACCUGCUGAGGGCCGUCUACUUCCGCCUGGGCGAGCGCCCCAGCACCGCCGACCAGCGCAAGGCCCUCUGGCAGAAUGCCUUCAAGGCCACCAACGACGGCAACGUGCUAGUCACGUGGUUCGAGAGCGCCGCCUCUAUGGAUGAUUGGCAGAACGCUCAAGUGGCCAUGGUCACGCUCAAGAACAAGUUCCCCAAGGACGAGCAGUACGUAUUCGCGCUUCCUGCUGUCCAACAGCUGGCGGGCGAUGCCUUGGCCGGCAAGGACGACCGAAACGCCCGAUUCAUGCGCAUGUUUGCUUCCAAGGCGCUUUCAGUCGCCGUCGCGAAAGGCAUGAAGGCCGAGAAGACGGUCGACGCCGUGACCACCCGCCGCGAGCUCCGCCUCGUACUCCAGAUCUACCGGAAGCAGGGCAUGCUGAAGGAAAUCUUGGAAAUCCUCGACCAUCCCAUCGUCGGCAUUUUCUCGCCUCUGGUGGUUUGCGACCUUUCUUUCGUUCGCACCAAGCUAGAGGUCCUGGAAGAGGCUUCCAUGUGGCAAGACCUGUGGGAUUUCUGCGUUGCUGCUCUGAAGCAAACCCACACCCCCGACGAAGCUGCCAAGACAUCGUACUCUCUCUGGCCUUACGACUACGCGCCGUGGAGAGCACUUCACCUUUCACACCGCGAGUUGACGCGCCAAGCGGCUUCGGAUUCUGGGCUUGUGGAUGAUCUGAACAAACUGCUCGAAGAAAUCCACGACAGAUACACUGACGACAACCUUCGCGUUCGUCUGCUGCCGCAAGCAUCAAUAACUUCCGAGGGUGACGAGGAGCUGCUCAAGAGCUGCACUGCCUAUGUCAUGGUCUUUGCCAAGGAGCAGUGUUGCUUCGAGGACAUUUCGCCUUAUAUCCAGAGGCUCGACAAUGAUCAUCAGUCGAAAUUCCUGGAUUGGUGCUUCAGCUUGGCGGACGAUCAGGACAAGACGAUCCAAGACGGAGCCCCGAAGCAACAGGCGCAAGCCCUCCGGACAAAAGCGAACGUUUUGAAGCUGGAGUAUCAACUGACGUUGUCUGAGGAUCAGAAAGCUGCUAAAGGUCAGCUGGAGGAUUUUGUGAUCAAGGCCCUCGAUGUUCACCAACUGGCCAAGUGCAAGGAUGUCACGACUUGUGAAGAUGCUUGUGCGCUUGCCACGAUGGCCUUGGUCAAGCUCUUCUACCUCGAGUCAUCCUUGGACUAUUUGGUCCAGGCUGAGAUUGUUAUGAAGGAAUUGCUAUCUCACUCUCCAGAAAGCCGUAAAGCUGCACUUCUCCAAGCCCGUCUCGCAGCUUUUCUGGGAAACUUCAGCGAGGCCAUGAAAGCCUGGUCUAGUCUAAAGGUUAAGGAGAUACUGAUGGAAACACUCAGCCACCACAUGUUCACCCGGAUGGCCAUCACUCAUCCGUUCUACUAUCGCUCAGAGCAGAAAGGUCGAGCCAACACCGACCCUCUGACGCAGCUUGAUAGGAUCCUGCAGACGUCCGAUAAGAUCCUACAUACUCUCCAGGCUUUCCUUGGCGCUGAGAUCGAUGCUUUGCAGUACGAUCGGCUGCUGGAAAUCCAAGAGCUGAAGAACAACCUGUCCAAGAGUCUAAGCAGGAAAGUCACUGUUAUCGAAAGACGCAGAACACUUCGCAUCAGAGGCGAGCCUGUCGAUGACAUGUACUGCGAAAUACUAGAUGACGACCUCGACGGCCUUGUCGACAACCGUGACCUGAAGCGCAUGUGGAACUACGAGCACUCGGCGACGCCGCGCUUCGAGCACCUCCUCUCCACUGGCCCACCACCGGGCCGGUACUGGCUUGUGCUGCACCUGCUCAUCGACGACACGUGUACCGUCAUCUCGUCGUCCGCCUCGUCGUCGAGCCCCGACAGCAACCACGCUCGCCGCAUCAACAUCACCGACACGGACAUCGAGAAGAUCGCCAACAAUCCGUCCAGCUCGGACCUGGCGGAGCUCACCCCCGCAGAGAAGGCCCUCAUCCCCGGCUGGGUCAAGCUGCGCGCCCUCGCCAGCAAGGUCCUGACCGGCACCGACAUCGGCGAGGCCCCGGCCGCCGUCGCCGACUUGCAGGCCUGGGUGUCCGGCCUCGUCCACGGAAACAACGACACGGCGGAAGACGUGCUGGCGGCGCUCUCACUGCAGCAGAGCAGCGAGGCCGGUCUCCCCCUCCUGCCGCUGCAGCGCGACAUCCAAACCCUCUUCCUCGUCGCGGAGCUCCUGCAGGCCGCCGCCCGCCUGUGCGACGCGGCGUCGCGCCUCGUCAAGACCAAGGCGCCGCCGCCGCCCCCGCCAAAGUGGUCGCAGGCCAUCCCCGCCAAGGAGCUCGCGGCGCUCAGGACGGCCGUCGCCGACGCCUUCGCCAGCGCCGUCCGCCGCCCCGCCCUCGACUGGACGAACAGGCUGGCCGACGACGCCGGCGUCGAGAGGCUCGCGGAAGCGGCGACGAGGGGCCGCACCGGCGAGGCCGUCGCUGCGCGCGUCUUGGCGGCGGCGGAGGAGGACGGCGAGAAAAAGAAGAAGGGGUGGGCGACGGACGUGGCGGGCUUGCUCGUGCAGGGGGCGUUGGAUGCGAUGGAUGGGGUGUUGAAGGUUAAGUUGGCGUAG